CACGUCACUUUACGUCUGAACAACCUAGCAACUUCUAUUUUUCAACCAAUGCCAAAUCAUGGGCAAAUGGUUAUUUUGAAUAUAAAUUGUUAUUUUUCGUAAACCCAGGUGGUGUAGGAUAUGAUGGAACACAUGGAAGUUUAGCGACCAGACUCUGAAAUGGAACAGGAGCUCCACAUUUAACAGGAACCGAAGUAGCAACAGGAGGUUGAGCUGAGCGAACAUGGCGAGCCGCAGCAGGUCGCUAGCUGCCAACUAAACGUCAGACAAAACGAAGACGGAAGGGCGAUUCUUGGGAGACUUCAGCAUAUUUUUAUUUUAUAUGGAUAGCUGGGGCUGACCAGGACUGUAGGCCUCCCCCACUGAAGCCGCAUGGCGUCCACUCAAGCCCGGAUAGGCCAGCAGGCCUUAGCGGUGCUGGACGUGGCUCUGCGAGUUCCCUGUAUUUUUAUUAUCGACGCCAUUUUUAACUCUUAUUACGACCCCGGGUCAGGAUGGGCCGGAACAAUGGGAAAAGUGUUGGUCAGAGUUAUGGGUGUCCUCAUCUCCACUGUGGUGCUGCUGCUCUCCCAGAAAGCCUUGUUCAAGUUCUACACCCUGUUCUUUGCUGUCCUCCUCGGCAUGGUGGUAGUCCUCAUAAAUUACUACGCCACCUCACACAUAGACUUCUACAGCGCCUACUACAAAGCAGCACUGGGGUUCAGAUUACUGCCCAGAAACGGGCCGACAUUGUGGCUUGGCAUGGCUGCUGUCCAGCUCAUCUUUGGCGUAGGCUACGUGUUUCUUCUCAAUCUCCAGUCUGUGUUUGCCGCGCUGGUGGUUUUAGACAUCAUGAUCCCCCUGUGGGGGAUGAUGAUAGAGCUUCCUGCAGACGUCAGGCAGAUGGUGGCUGUUUUCUCAGGUCUGGCGCUGGCUCUCAACACGGCCAUUUGUUUGGCCAUGAGGCUCAAAUGGUUCUACUACUCGUGCCGGUAUGUCUACCUGCUAGUGCGCCACAUGUACAGGAUCUAUGGACUUCAGUUGCUGCUAGAGGACACGUGGAAAAGAAUCAGAUUCCCUGAUGUCCUGCGGGUGUUCUGGCUGACCCGGAUCACUGCCCAGGCACUCAUACUGGUCUAUGUGGUGCGGGCGGUUAGACGAGAGAGUGGGGAUGCCACGGGAGGUUCAACAGACGGGAGCUCUGAUGCACAGGGUUACCUGCUGAGCUGGGAUGUGUUCUGGGAUCUGACAAGUAACCUGAUCAUUUCUGGCUGUGAUUCCACUCUCACUGUGUUGGGCAUGAGUGCCGUCAUCUCCUCUGUGGCACACUACCUCGGCCUCAGCAUCCUGGCUUUCAUAGGUUCUACAGAGGAGGAGGACAAGCGUCUAGGCUUCGUGGCUCCUGUUCUAUUCUUCAUCCUGGCUCUGCAGACUGGCCUCAGCAGCCUGGACCCAGAGGAACGUUUGGUCCGUCUGAGCCGAAACAUGUGCCUUCUGCUGACGGCCAUUUUGCACUUUAUUCAUGGCAUGACCGACCCCGUCCUGAUGUCCCUCAGCGCCUCCCACGUCUCCUCAUUUCGCCGCCACUUCCCCGUCCUGCUGGUGUCUCUGGCACUGUUCGUGCUGCCCGUGGUGCUCAGCUACGCCCUCUGGCAUCACUACGCCCUCAACACCUGGCUCUUCGCCGUCACUGCUUUCUGCGUCGAGCUCUGCCUCAAGGUGGUGGUGUCCCUGACGGUCUAUGGCCUCUUCAUGGUUGAUGGAUUCUCCAACGUUCUGUGGGAGAAGCUGGACGACUACGUUUAUUAUGUCCGCUCCACAGGCAACAUCAUCGAGUUCCUGUUUGGCGUAAUUAUGUUCGGAAAUGGCGCUUACACGAUGAUGUUUGAGUCAGGGAGCAAGAUCCGGGCUUGCAUGAUGUGCCUGCACGCCUACUUCAACAUCUACCUGCAGGCCAAGAACGGCUGGAAGACCUUCAUCAACCGCCGCACUGCCGUCAAAAAGAUCAACUCCCUGCCAGAGGUGCGCGGCGAACAGCUGAGGGACAUUGAGGAUGUUUGCGCCAUCUGUUACCAGGAGUUCACCAUCUCAGCCCGCAUCACGCCAUGCCACCACUACUUCCAUGCACUGUGUCUGAGGAAGUGGCUCUACAUCCAGGACACGUGCCCCAUGUGCCACCAGAGAGUUUACGUGGAGGACGACAGCCGAGACAGAGCGGCCUUUUCCAACAACAACGGGGGCUACGCAGCGCCGCAGGACGCCGCUGCCGCAGGCCCACUUGCACCGGGGGAAAACCAGCACGGACAGCCGGUCGCUGAGCUGCUGGCCAAUGGAGCGGCGGUCGGUGGGCACGCCACAGGAGGAGCAGCGGAGCUCGACAACGAGCUGCUGGAGGACAACGACAGCAUAGAAUAUGAUGAAGAUGAGUGGGGGACUCAGAACGGCAGCACGCCGAUAGAAGAAGACUAUAUCAAUGAUGACACGGACUCCACGGAGGACUGACCAUGAGAUUUUUAGAAAAAUAUACAUAUAUCUUUAUUAUAUUUAAGUUAAAAAUAAUUAUUAAACACAACUUCAGCAUCUUAAUUUGUUCUUGAAAGAUGUCAGGGAUGUCAUUCUUUUUUGUUAGUUUCUUUUUGAUUUGGAGUUCUACUCUACAAGGGCUUGUUGAAAGAGUAAUAGCUGCUCUCGCUCUGUGUGUGUCGAGUGUAAGUGUGUGCCUGGGGCUGCGUGAUGUAGACCAAAUACUCAAAUUACUCUUUUAAAAAAAAAAAAAAAAGAAAGAAAGAAAUGCCCAUCCACAAA